GCAGUCCAACAAUUCCUGCCUGCUGCACGACUCAGAGAAGUUCCCCAGUUCCUCAUUGAAGAGAAGGCAGUGAAACAAGGAUUGCUGCUGUCUUUUAAGAAGACAAUGUAUUUCAGACUUCGCCGUGGAUCUCUGAGUGCCUCCUAACACAAGAUUGCAGUGUCUCCAGGCCUUCUAUUCCUGCAGGAUGCAGUUUUCCUGCUCACUUGGGGUAGGCUGUUGUCUCCUGUUGUCGGUUUUCAUUAAUCUGGGGGGGUUUCUGUUGGUAUCGGGCAACAACAGGCUCUGCAAAGAGGGGGACCAACUUCUGUCCAGGGGAUCAAAUCAACUGUCCAUGCCGAGCGAAUGUAUGUGGAAAUGUACACUCCAGACUUACCAGUGGAUGGUUAGUAGAAGAGACAGAGUGACAGUGCGUCUCCACACAGCGGUGACGGGGGAGCGGGGUGAGCACUGCUGGCCCUUGCAGUUGCCAUGUGGGAAAGGGGAGCUCCUCCAGAAGGUCUUUGUGCUGCUGCCUCUCCGAGACGAGGCCACGGAUUCAGCUGCCCCUCUGGAACUACGCCCCACUUCCCCUGCCGAGCCAGAACUCCUGAGCCCCCACUCCGGCCAGGCAGCUCUGAGCCAGGAAUGCGGGCUGCGCUUCGACAUCACCACGGUCUUCACUGCCAGAAAGAACACACUGCAGUUCUGUGUGGAGCCCCUCCUGAGCGGCCACCCAGCACCCAGCUCCCUCACAGGGGCCCUCAAGUGCCCGCCUUACCUGGCCACAGUUUGGAUUAGGCGUCGCCCAUUGGAAGGAAACAAGAUGGGAAACUAAGCUGUUGAUAGUAAAUACAGGUGUGAGAGUAUUGGUCUGUGUGAAGAGUAUUUAAAUAUUUACAUUGAGGACCCUCUGCUUGCUUCAGAAGAUCUUGCAAGAAGCUUUUUAGACGAUUUCCGUAACUUUAAUCACAAUGUGUAUCAAUCAGCCUUUCACCUGUGUGGAUUUUUCCAGUGCUUUCAUUAUUGGAAUGGACUUGCACUAAAUAAAUGCAUGAAAACAAGUGAUUCAAACUUAAGAGUAUCCAGUUGAUCCUGGAUUUGGAUGCUCAGUUCCAGACUCAUUUUUUGUACCUAAGUAAGCUUGGUCUGGGAUAUGAUGGAUGUACCUUUCAGUCUGUCGGGAUUGAAUUCUUCAGUGCGAAUCUUAAUGUAGUCGCCCCCUACAGGUGUGAUUUGGCAGUGCAUCGGUGUUCAAGGGCUGUUACUUAUUUUUGUGAAGGCAAUUUUAGCUGCCGAUGCACAUAUUAAUCUAUAUACUUGCCUAAAUGUAAAUGUGAUGAUGGUUGAUGAUAACGGGGUUGAGGGAGAGGCUGACAUUUUCCUUACAGGAAGAAGCACUAUUGGCAUACGAUAACAGAACUGAGUGCAGGUGAAUUAGUCUAACAUUGUUACUUACUUUACACUGAAUGUAUUGUAAAUGUAUAAGAUUAAUGUUUGACUGUUAAACUCAGCUUGGGCUGCUGUUGUACCAGAACCACUUUCUAAAUGACAAGGUUUUUUUCUGUCCCGGUAAAAUAAAAACUACAAAGAAAACCAAGAUCAGGCUUCAUAUAUAUUAUGCCAUGGUGCCCCACAGUGGAGAGUGUAGAUAUCACACCAAUGCAGGCAUUAGUUAAUCACAUGUAAAUACCAUCUUGUCAAUUUCAGAACAAGAUUAAUAAAAAA